CGCAAGAGCCGUAAACUGUGCGUAAAAGAGCGGAAGAAGCUCGCUUGGUGACCCGGAAGCAGUCGCUACAACUUCCGAAAGGGGUUUACUGCCUUGGUGUGCGAGUUGCUGUGUAAGGAGAUUGUACUUGAAGUUGUAGAGGGUGUACCAGCAUGUCCCGUGGUUCCAGCGCCGGUUUUGACCGCCACAUUACUAUUUUUUCACCCGAGGGCCGCCUCUACCAAGUAGGUGAGUGAACCAGGUCCACGGGUGAUCCACCCUAAUUGCUCUGUCAUGAAUAUGCUUUUAAGGCAAUUAACCAGGGUGGCCUUACAUCAGUAGCUGUCAGAGGAAAAGACUGUGCAGUAAUUGUCACACAAAAGAAAGUACCUGACAAGUUAUUGGAUUCCAGCACAGUGACCCACUUAUUCAAGAUAACAGAAAACAUUGGCUGUGUGAUGACAGGAAUGACAGCUGACAGCAGAUCCCAAGUACAGAGGGCUCGUUAUGAAGCAGCUAAUUGGAAAUACAAGUAUGGCUAUGAGAUUCCUGUGGAUAUGUUAUGUAAAAGAAUUGCAGAUAUUUCUCAGGUCUACACACAGAAUGCUGAAAUGAGGCCUCUUGGUUGUUGUAUGAUCUUAAUUGGUAUAGAUGAAGAACAAGGCCCUCAGGUGUACAAGUGUGAUCCUGCAGGUUACUACUGUGGGUUUAAAGCCACUGCAGCAGGAGUUAAACAAACUGAGUCAACCAGCUUCCUUGAAAAAAAAGUAAAGAAGAAAUUUGACUGGACGUUUGAACAGACAGUUGAAACUGCAAUUACAUGUCUGUCUACUGUGCUAUCAAUUGACUUCAAACCUUCAGAAAUUGAAGUUGGAGUAGUUACAGUUGAAAAUCCCAAGUUCAGGAUUCUUUCAGAAGCAGAGAUUGAUGCCCAUCUUGUUGCUCUAGCAGAGAGAGACUAAACAUUAUCAUGAGUUUCCCAAACCCAUGAUGCCACUUGCCAGAGUGUUUGGUAAAAAAGAUCAACAUUGUGGAGGCUCCUGAAUUAAGAAAGAAACCUCUCCCACUCCUCCUACCCAUGAAGUGGUUAGGACUCUAUAAAUAAAAACGUU